AAGGCGGUGCGGUUGGGUUAUGGUUAUGGUAAUGCCCACAGAAGAAAGUGAUAGAUAUAUUCAUAGUAAUUCCCAACAGCAGCUAGCUAGCUUCUGCUCAUCUCAAUGUCUCUCUCUUCCUAGUUCCUCCUUAUAUUAAAAUUUAAAACCCUAACUCCUCUUCUUCUACACUUGAAUCCACCGAUUAAUGGCUCAACCUCAACAACAGGAAGAAGGGUGGCCGCUGGGGCUGCAGCCGCUGAACGUGAGAGUUGGGCUGGAGAGGAACCGUGAUCUCAAUGCCUCUCUCUCCUUCAACACUUUGCUCACCUCUUCCCCUAUCUCCUCCGAUGAUUUCUCUUCUGAUCUUGACACUCAGUCAACAGGUUCAUUCUUUCAUGACAAGAGCAUCACUCUAGGGAGCCUGAUUGGGAUCUCGAGCAUCCUAGAGCUGUCGCGGAGAUCAAGGCGGGGGCGAGCUCCCGACCAGGCCGCGAGGAGCAAGAAGACGCGGACAUGGUUCCUGUCGCUGUGCUCGAGGCUGAGUACCGAUGCAGUGAGCAUGAGCAACGCACCGUCCCUCGCCCACCUGCUCCAAGCAGAGAGGACUGCUGCUGCUGCUCAAGGAGUCGAUGAUUUCUCGCAAAUCUCCAAUCACAACCCCUUGUUCGUAGGCGGGCACGUUGCUCCUCCUCGACCGCCCUCGCCCUUCGCUAGGGACUUGCUAUCGCACGAUCAUGCCCCUCCCUUACUUCUCUCGUGUUUAUGCGCUCAUUCAUCAUCAAAUUGACUAGUUUCUUUCUUUUUUUUUAAAUGGUUAUGAGAUAUAAUUUGAAUAUUCUUUUCUUGGAGUUAGUAUUGGUGUUUGGAGCUCAUUGAAAUAAGAGCAGUAGUCACAUUGAAGUUGCUUCAUUAAACUUGGAUUUUAAAGGUCAAAAUGGGAAGGCACGCCACGCUACCUUCAUUAUUAAUGGCCAUGUCUUGUUUGAGAUUCA